UCGCGUCUUCCACGAAAUGAAGCUCAACACAACCACAUCAACGACGGUCUCCGCCGACGUCUUACUCUCCCACAUCCUCGACAUGUGAUAGCCACGCCGAGCAGCCCUCGAGCUGCACAUACCACACGGUCGAGCAACAUGGCGCGCAACACAGAGGCUCCGCGGCGCAUUCUGCCCUUCCGCAUCCCCAUCUUCCGAGUCUUCUACAGCUUGACAUAUACCACGCUGUACUUCCUGACGCUCGUAUUUCUGGCCAUUAGUCCCGUCACAAUGAUCUACUCGGCCAUUACACAGUCGGCAGUCCAAUACACCUUCAUGAUCGGCGGCGUCUACGUUCUAACGGCCAUCAUUGCCAUAGUCCUCUACAGCGGUCGACUUUACACGAACCGAAGGGUUCUAUCUGAUAUCGGCAAGCCGUAUAUUCCGGUCGAGGAUGGCGAAGUGAGCCGGCUGGUGCGAAAGAUGAUUGUUAAGCAGCUGGACAGGAGCGCGACUGUGGCUUGGGAGAGCCGACCGAGGGAUUUGUACGGCGAGAUUCUGCUUGCAGGGCAACAGGGCAUUCUCCCCAACGAUUCGGACAGUGUGAAUGUCAAUGAAUACACUGUGGGCUCUAUCAUACAGGUGGAUCCUGCUAAUCCGCCAUGGGGAGACAUACAGCACCCGGGAUGGUCGUCUCCAAGUCAUCGCCCUGGCAACAAGAAUCCGGACGUACGCUUUGCCGAGGUCGUUGCAGAGCUGCCGAAUCUCAUUGAGGCCCGAGCCGUUUCACUUGCUCCUCCAGAUCCCAUAAUGACGCCAGUUCAAGACCAGCCACGAGUUGCAGAUCCCGCGGUCGUUGAUCUGCUGACCAGACCAAAGAACAUGCCAUUGCGCGACUAUAUGACCCAACUAGGGCUCUUGGGUCUUAUUCAGCCGCCAGGGAUCGGACAAAUAUUCGUCUCACAGUAUGAGAGAGCUCGUUUUGGUUUCUCACCGGUAACGGUGAGUGAGUUCGAUAAGCUCAUGGCCACGUUCGCAGAGCUUCUGGCUGGCAUGGAUACACUCGAUCCGGCGAUUGUAGAGGAGAUUCGCCUUCAGAACAGCGACAAGAUCUCGAUCCUGGAUGUGCCAUUCUUGUCUCUACCGGAAGAUGCAACAAACGAUGAUGAUCAUUCCGAGAUCCCAGCACGAGCUGUCACACCACAAUCAAGCGUGAUGAGUCCAGUGACAGCGCGGGAAGGCUACACAUCUCGCAUCAAUACUCCUUAUCUCUCCGACAGCAGCGGCAGUCAAGAUAGUCUGAACUCCGUGCUCAGACACACCCCAGUCGAGCGAAACACUCCUUCACGAAUGACUGACAAUCGGGAAUCAUUCUACACAGUGCAAAGCCUGAGCUCUUCAACGUUGCCAAGUGACUCUGGUAGUGUCCUUGUUCACGACUUGGAAAGCGGCGGCUGAGAUAUGGCAGCUGUGCAAGACAGAAGGAGUGCGGCGCGCAAACAUUCACGGGUGUAUGUUUUGCGGCCGUUUGCAUUUGAGACACUGAUUGCUCAUCCUGGCAAGUAGGAUCUGCAUGAUCUUCUACACUUGUCGUCGCGGCACUUACAGCACCCAUAACGUACUCGCGAUGCUGUACAGAGAGUCC